AUGGAGGUUCAAACUAUCGACUCAAACGCACCUACUGCUGUCCCGACUCCUCGUGUGUCUAGCAGCCCGCUCCCCACAAAGGACGGCAAGGGCAAAACCGACGGCGCUGUCGUUCUCACUACAACUAAUACUAUCGACACACUCACAAACGAGGUCGAUGCAAGCAAUGACGAGGUGGGCAACCAGCCCGACCUCGCGACCGUCUCGACUCUUCGCAAGAUUUCUCUCCUCAUCAUGUUCACACUCGCAGAGUUUCUCGACGCGUUUAACAAUUCGGCCCUCUUCCCUGCUAUCCCACCCUUGACAGAGGACCUCCACUUUCUCGUCUCGGAGACUGUCUGGGUCAUCAGCGCCUAUCAGCUCACGUUUGCCGCGUUCCUAUUAGUGAGCGGACGUAUUUCUGAUGUGUACACGCCCAAGCCAGCCUUUAUUGCUGGUUGUCUCAUCCUUGGCAUUACUCAUCUCAUUGGCGGUUUCACACAUCAAAAGAUUGCCCUCCUCGUCCUCCGUGCGCUCGGUGGUAUUGGUGGCGCCCUCACCAUUCCCUCUGCGCUCUCCCUCAUCGUUCAGCUAUUCCCGGAACCCACUGCUCAAGCACGUGCCAUCUCCCUCUUUGGAUCAGCCGGUGCGAUCGGUAAUAUCCUUGGUGUGCUCAUCGGCGCCGUGCUCGUCCAAUACGCUGGCUGGAGCUGGAUCUUUUGGUUUGUCGCCAUCGUCGGGAUCAGUAUUGCCAUUGUCUGCUUCUUCCUCAUUCCCAACGCGAAGCGUGACCGAAGCAAAAAGGUCAACUUUGACGCGACGGGCGUCACCAUCCUAACAGUCGCGGUCAUUUUGUUCAUCUUUGCCGUCACCUCUGGCUCGACAAAAGGAUGGGGUACCGCCUAUGUGCUCGCCCCGCUCAUCAUCUCCAUCUUCAUCGUCGCUGCCUUCUUGUUCUGGGAAGCGCGUAUCCCCGCCGAUGACGCUGUCCUUCCACCGCGCAUGUGGCGCUAUCGUAACUUUGGCGUCCUCGUCGGUCUCGCGCUCUUGCCCUACUUUUGGUGGGUCACCUCGUUUGUGCUCAUCACUGCCUGGUGGGAGCAAGUCUUUGGCUGGUCUGCGAUCAACACUGCCGUCCACUUCCUCCCUAUGGGUAUCGGUGCAUGGCUCAUCUCCAACUUUACCGGUCGUUUCCCCAAGUGGUUCCCGCACAAAUAUAUCCUCUUGGCGGGUCUUACUCUGGCCAUCAUCUCGACCAUCUUGCUUCCCUUUGCCGACUCGCCCGAUACUUAUUGGCGCUUCACAUUCCCAGCAUUUACGCUAGGUACGAUUGGCAUGAUGAUCGUCUACGCCAACUCGUCCAUUGCCAUCUUCAGCUACACGCCUCCCUCGGUCGCGGGUACAGUCGGCGCCGUAUUCAACUGCGCACUCCAGCUUGGUUCGGCGGUAGGUCUCGCGGCCGUGUCGAGUAUCUCGACGUCUAUCGACGAAAAGGUCCGCCUUGAAAUUCCGCUUGACCAGUGGAAGAGCCGACUUGGAGAGAUUACAGACGCAAUGUGGAAGGAGGCGUUCAAAGGACGCGCUGCGUCUUUCUGGUUCCUUCUUGGAAUCUUGGGCAUCGAGGUCAUUGCUGUCCUCGUCUUCUUCAAGGUUAACAUCCCGAACCAUGAAGAAGAAGGCCACCGUGAGCAUGCUCCAAAGUCCGACGUCGAGGCUCCCGUGCAGGAAAAGGAAAAACAUUAG